AUGUCCGACAGUCCUUCUUCGCCUUUGCUAGGCAGCCCCAAGCAGCCGAGCACGAACCACUCUCAAGAACCGCUCGAGAACACACCUCUGCUCCUAAGAACUGACAGCGCUCCUCGAUAUGAUGGAGCAUCAAUCCAUGAGCCGAGUGGAGUUGCAUCUCCUGCCGCGAGAUCCUUGCGCUCGGUACAGAAUGGCGGAUCGCUGAAGUCGAAGGAUAACCGUCGAUGGCCCACCCUGGUUGCCAUCCUCUGUUUAGGCGUACUCGCCAUUAUCAUCAUCCUGGGUGCCUUCUUCGCUCCAGCUAUAGCCGUGGAAUACGCUAAAGAGGCUAUGGUUAUCGAGCCUACGAAUCUAUCUGUAGACUCAUUCACGGCCAGUGGCGUGAGAGCCCGAGUGCGAGCCAACUUCCGCUUGGAUGCUUCGAAGGUUGGAAAUAAAAAUGUUAGAAACAUGGGACGUUUUGGAACCUGGAUCGCUCGCGCGGUGGAGAGCAAGCUCUCCAAGGUUGAGGUCUAUCUUCCCGAAUAUGGAAACGUUCUUCUCGGCACAGCCGCUGUUCCUCCCGUCCUGGUUGAUAUCCGAAACGGACAGACUACUGAGAUCGACUUCCUCGCCGAUCUGGAACCUGGAGAUAUCGAGGGUAUUCGGCAGGUUGCCAAUGACUGGCUAGAAGGUCGUUUGGGGGAGAUUCGGGUGUUGGGGAAAGCUACACUCAGCUUGAAAUCUGGGAUUUUCUCGCUUGGAUCUCAAUCCAUUUCGGAGUCGAUGGUUUUUGAAGGCAACGACCUUCCGGCCAUUCCUCAGUAUAAAAUUACCCGUCUCAACUUUCGUGAGGUACCCGUUCCCACUAGCGGUCAUCGUGGUAUGGCGGCGGAUGUUUCAUUGUCUCUGGCAAACACCUACCCUAUCAAGCUUUCUAUACCCCCUCUUGGGUUUGACAUUCUUGUCCAGAGCUGCGAUGCGGAUGAUGACUACAUUCGGCUGGCUGACGCCACAACUGGAACGAUCGAUGCGGAGCCAUACUCAGACGUAGCUGUCAAUAUUGGGGGAAUCAUUCGCGAUCUUCCUAAGACUUUGGUCCAAAAUUGUCCGCAUUCCCAUGACUCGCCUCUCGAUCUUUUGCUUGAUAAUUACGUUCAUGGAAAUGAUACUACCAUUUUCGUCCGAGGCUCGAACGCCCCGGAUUCCAACACGCCUGACUGGAUCACCAAGAUCAUUUCAAGUAUUACAGUCCCAGUGCCGUUUCCUGGCCAUAGCCUCGACAAGGUUAUCAAGGAAUUCUCUCUCACCGAUACCAAGUUCUUCCUUCCUGAUUCUUACGCGGACCCUGGAUCAGAUGAAGCCAACCCUCAGAUUUCGGGCAGUAUUGUCGUCACUGCUGGACUGCCCAAGGAAAUGAACUUUCGAGUCAACGUCACUAGGGUUCGGGCCAGUGCCGAAGUUUUCUUCAAAGGAAAGAAGCUAGGCGACCUCAACCUGCACAGGUGGCAGAAUGCACGUUCAGAGCGGGUUGAGCCAAAGAAAGGAGAGGAUGCUGCCCUGGUGAUCAAAGCUCGAAUCGAGAAGGCGCCUCUCUACGUUACAGACGAUGACGUCCUGACAGACAUCCUCAUGUCGCUUUUGGUUGGCAGCCGAGUUGAGCUCAAGGUAGAAGCACUCGUCGAUGUUGAGGUGUCUACAGUUCUUGGGGAACUUGUCAUCAAGAAACUUCCUGCCGAAGGAGUUGUUCCCGUAAAACCGAUCUCUGAAGGCGGCGACUACAAGAAACUCAUGCCCCAGGUUGGUGACCUACGGGUCUUGAGCACGAGCAAGACAUCCUUGAAUUUGCAAGCCAAAGUCAAUUUUACGAACCCGAGCGAGUACAGCGCUCAGAUUCCAUACAUAAACAUACAUAUCCUUUGUAACGGUUCUAUAAUCGGCGAUGCCACAGCGCGCAACAUAGUGGUCAGACCGGGCAACAAUACGGAUCUUGUAGUACAGGCUACCUGGGACCCAUCCAGAUUUGGCGGCAAAAUAGCAGCGAGCAUCGCACGAGAAUUGAUGUCGCAGUACAUCUCGGGUUUCAAUACGACAUUGACCUUCCAGACUCACGAAGGUUCCAUCCCACACCAGCCCGAGCUUGGCACAGCUCUAAGCAAAUUCAACGUCACUGUGCCGACUCCGAGAUUGGCCACAAACGGACCCGAUAGCGACAAGCCCCAUUUCAUUGACGAUGCGACCUUUCACUUGUUCACUUCAACCGCGACGUUCACUCUAAUUUCCCCACUAAGAUACAGCACUAUGUUCAUCGAAAGCAUCAAUGCAACCGCUUUCUACAACCAUACCGAUCCAGUUGGUCACAUCCUUUACGACCUACCUUUCGAGGUACCUCCCGGGCCUAGCUUAACGCCUAAACUUCCAGUCGAUUGGUCGUUUGGUUCGGUAGGAUAUGAAGCAUUGAAGAAAGCUUUGGGUGGGACAUUGGAAUUAGACGCGAAAGGAAAUGUUGAAAUAAAGCUUGGGCAAUGGCGGCAGUCAGUUUGGUAUGUUGGCUCGGGCAUAGGGGCACGUGUCACCUUCUGA